GUGCAGGAACAGAGUGUACUUCAAACAGUGCUUGUGAUCGCCAUGGAGUACAAAGUAGCCUGCCUGGUGCUGUGUCUCUUCUGCUGUGUCCAAGUCACCAUUCAGCAGAAGAAGCAGAGACAUGCAAGUAAACCAGCCCCUGAUGUAGUUAGUCUGAAAAUGUAUGAGGAGCUGAAGAAGGAGGUCCAGGACCUCAGGCAGGAUGUAAACCACCUAAAGGAACAACAGUCAUUGCAGACAAUCUGUUUAAAGGGUACAAAAGCUCUCAACAAAUGCUACCUGUCCGUCUUUGAACCAAAGAAUUACCACCAGGCCAGCGAUGACUGCAUUGCACAAGGGGGGACCCUGAGCACCCCAGAAUCCAGAGAUGAAAACGACUUCUUGAAUGAUUAUGUGCGUAAGAGCUUAGGCAUGACCUCUGAAGUCUGGAUAGGCAUCAACGACAUGGCAAAUGAGGGUUCUUGGGUGGAUAUGACAGGCAGUCGAAUUUCCUUUAAACAUUGGGAGACCGGAACUACCUUGGAGCCUAAUGGUGGCAAACAAGAGAACUGUGCAUUGUUGUCUGAAGCUGCCAAUGGCAAGUGGUUUGACAAAAAUUGCAAAGAGGAACUGCCUUUUGUAUGCCAGUUUUCAAUUGUUUAGCUGACAUAUCAAUGUUUAGACCAACCACAAUGGACAGUUUUGUGG